UAUGAGCGAUAAUAUAAUAACUGGAAAGCUUAUCAAUAUGGGAUGGACACUAGGAAUGACCACGUCUUCGAAUCAUUGUCGCAGUGUUAACAAACCAUUCGUUAUACUCACACUGACAAUUGAUCAAGAUGACUACCCCAUUCGAAAAACUGUCGAAUUAGAAUUGGAACAAUUUCUCCAGUUAUCGAAACAAUUGAAAAAUGCUCAUAACUCUGAAUUUUUAUAUGAUAAAAUAAAAAUAUUCCCACUAUUAGCAAAUAAAUAA